GAAAUGAAAGGAGACAACGUCACCAUUUGGAACUUUUUUAUCUUGGAGGGAUUUUCCAGAUAUCCGAAGCUAGAAAUUGUUCUCUUCGUUUUCAGUCUAGUCAUGUAUCUAAUAACCCUCAUGGGCAAUAGCACUCUUAUUUUAAUCACUAUCACUGACUCGCGCCUUCGCACCCCCAUGUACUUGUUCCUUGGAAAUCUCUCUUUCAUGGAUAUCUGUUACACAUCUGCUUCUAUUCCCACUUUGCUGGUAAACUUGUUGUCAUCCCAGAAAACCAUUCUCUCCUCUGGCUGCGCUGCACAGAUGUAUCUCUCCCUUGCAAUGGGUUCCACAGAGUGCGUGCUCCUGGCUGUCAUGGCCUAUGAUCGCUACGUGGCCAUCUGCAAUCCUCUGAGAUACCCCGUGAUCAUGAGCAGGCAGGUCUGUGUGCAGAUGGCCUCUGUCUCCUGGGUGACAGGCUGCCUGACGGCUCUGCUGGAGACUAGUUUUGCCCUGCAAGUGCCCCUCUGUGGGAAUCUCAUCGAUCACUUCACAUGUGAAAUUCUAGCUGUGCUAAAAUUAGCAUGUGCUGGUUCACUGCUCAUGGACAUGAUCAUGCUGGUGGUCAGUGUGCUCCUCCUGCCCAUCCCGAUGCUCUUGAUUUGCAUCUCUUAUGGCUUCAUCCUUUCCACUAUUCUGAGAAUCAGUUCAGCAGAGGGAAGAAGCAAAGCUUUUUCUACCUGUGGUGCCCACUUGACUGUGGUGAUUUUGUAUUAUGGGGCUGCCCUCUCCAUGUACCUAAAGCCUUCUUCAUCAGACUCACAAGAAAUAGACAAGAUCAUCUCAUUGCUUUAUGGAGUGCUGACCCCUAUGCUGAAUCCCAUCAUUUAUAGUUUAAGAAACAAAGAAGUCAAAGAUGCUGUGAAAAAAUUGUUGAGUAAAAUGCCUUUUAGUCAAACUCGUGAAAACCUCUGA